CAGCUAUACAAAUUCCACCAUUAUUAUUCUUCACAUUUUUCUCUUAUUAAUUAACUAACAUCCACCACUCUCUUCAGACGAUUUUCAAUUUGAUUAGCUUCGGAAGCAAAUGCAAAAGAUGAGUACGGAUGACGGAAGAACUGGUUUGCCGGAAAUCAAUAUGAACGUCCGUGACGAUUCGGAGGCAGUACAGAGCGUGAAGACGGCCGGCGGAGCUGACGUGGACGACCCGGAGCAGCUGAGUGUGUUAGCUAAAGGGUCGGAAAAGAGGUCGUCGGUGGUGCAAAAUGCAUCGUCGAGGAUCCGGCAGGUGUCGUCAGACUUCAAGCGGUUGACUACCUUCUCGAAACCCAAACGACAACCCUUGGGUCGUUUAGACAGGAGUAAGCCCGUCGCAACUUAUGCUCUCAAGGGGCUCAAGUUCAUUAGCAAGACCGACGGCGGAGCUACACCGUGGGCCGACUUAGAGAAGCGAUUUGACCGUCUCACCGCCGCCACCAAUGGCUUACUUCCACGGUCGCUUUUCGGGGAAUGCAUUGGCAUGAACAAAGAGUCCAAAGAGUUCGCUGGAGAGCUGUUUAACUCACUAGCUCUAAGGAGGAACAUAACUGGUGACUCCAUUAACAAAGCACAACUGAAGGAGUUUUGGGACCAAAUUUCUGAUCAGAGUUUCGAUUCAAGGCUACAGACAUUCUUUGACAUGGUUGAUAGAGAUGGAGAUGGUAGGAUCACAGAAGACGAAGUCAAGAAGAUUAUUAGCCUUAGUGCUUCAGCAAACAAUCUAGCGAAUAUUAAAAAACAAGCUGACGAAUACGCUGCGAUGAUCAUGGAAGAGUUAGACCCGGAAAAUUUCGGUUACAUCAUGAUUGAGAAUUUGGAGAUGCUAUUGUUACAAGCACAAACACACAACGUGAUAGGAGAAAACCGAAACCUGAGCGAAAUGUUAAACCAAAAGCUGAAAACCACACGAAGUGGUAAUCCAAUCAGAAGAUGGUAUGGAGAUUUCAGGUUCUUUUUAGUGGAUAAUUGGGAGAGAUGUUGGGUGAUUGUACUUUGGACAGCUGUCAUGGUUGCUUUGUUUACAUGGAAGUACAUUCAGUACAAGAACAGAGCAGUAUAUAAAGUGCUCGGUGUUUGUGUUUGUAUCGCUAAAGGAUCAGCCGAGACAUUAAAGUUAAACAUGGCCCUUAUUCUGUUACCUGUUUGUCGAAACACGAUUACCUGGCUUAGGAACAAGACCCGGUUAGGUGUUGCUGUUCCAUUCGAUGAUAAUCUCAAUUUCCACAAAGUAAUUGGGGUGGCGAUUUCGAUUGGAGUUGGGUUACAUGCGAUUUCGCAUUUAACAUGUGAUUUCCCGAGGCUAAUUCACGCGACAGAGGAAGAGUAUAAACCGAUGCAACAGUUUUUCGGGGAUCAAGCUAAGAAUUAUUGGCAUUUUGUGAAGGAAGUUGAAGGGUAUACCGGAAUCAUAAUGUUAGUGCUAAUGAUGAUUGCUUUUACACUCGCAACACCAUGGUUAAGACGAAACAAGCUCAAACUACCAUUGGUUUUAAAGAAAGUCACUGGGUUUAAUGCGUUUUGGUACACACAUCAUCUAUUUGUUAUUGUCUACACGCUGCUCAUAGUUCAUGGUAUCAAACUUUACCUCACAAAGGAAUGGUACAAGAAAACGACGUGGAUGUACUUGGCCGUACCAAUUUCGAUUUAUGCUUGUGAGAGAUUAAUAAGAGCGUUUCGAUCUAGUGGAGAGACAGUCAAAAUACUUAAGGCUGUGAAUUAUCCUGGAAAUGUGUUGGCACUUCAUAUGUCGAAGCCACAAGGGUUUAAAUACAAGAGUGGGCAAUACAUGUUUGUCAAAUGUGCAGCUGUCUCCCCAUUUGAAUGGCACCCAUUUUCCAUCACAUCUGCUCCUGGUGAUGACUACCUUAGCGUUCAUAUCCGGAGUCUCGGUGAUUGGACUGGACAACUAAAAACAGUCUUUUCAGAGCCUCUAGCUAAUGGAAAAAGUGGACUUGAUGGCCAAGGUGAAAAUCCAAAUUACCCAAAAGUUUUAAUUGACGGUCCAUAUGGAGCACCAUCACAAGACUACAAGAAAUACGACGUGGUGUUGCUAGUGGGUUUAGGAAUAGGAGCAACCCCUAUGAUCAGUAUUGUGAAAGAUAUUGUGAAUAACAUGAAAGCCAAAGAAGAGGAUGUGAGUGCCUUGGAAAAUGGUACACUAGUACAAAAGAAUAAAUCAGGACCAACAAGUGCUUACUUCUAUUGGGUAACUAGGGAACAGGGUUCUUUCGACUGGUUUAAAGGCAUUAUGAACGAGGCUGCUGAAAUGGAUAAAAAUGGUAUCAUUGAGAUGCAUAAUUAUUGCACAAGUGUUUAUGAGGAAGGUGACGCCAGGUCUGCUCUAAUUACUAUGCUUCAGUCACUUUAUCAUGCUAAAAAGGGAGUUGAUGUUGUCUCGGAUACUCGUGUUAAGACUCAUUUUGCCAAACCCGACUGGCCCGAGGUGUACAAGCACAUCGCUCUUAAACAUACUGGUUCCAGAAUAGGGGUGUUCUAUUGUGGAGCGCCAGCACCAACACAAAAGCUGAAACAACUAGCUCAUGAUUUCUCACACAAGACGUCAACUAAAUUUGACUUUCACAAAGAGAACUUCUAAGAAAGUUUUUUUUUUUCCUCUUUUUUUCCCAUUUACAGACUUCGAGAAAUGAAUCAAAUCAAACCCUUAACUAGAAUCAUAAAUUCUACCCGUCAUCUCUUCUCUAUACAGAGAUUUGAAGAUCAAUGUAACUAUACUUAAAGAUAAU